CCAGCGAUGCACAAACUUCUCUUCAGACGACGUUUUUUUUCUCUCUCUUUUUUCCCCCAGAAACAUGGCCGCAGAGAGCGACUACGGCAAAUACGACCUGGCUCGCCUGCAGGCAGAGCUCGAGCACGAGAGGGAGAUGAGAGAAAUGCUUGAGGAGUCCGUGUCCGACCUGCGGAGUACCAUGUGUGAGCUGCAAGAAAGGCUGCACAGUGUCGACGGGGAAGGUAAUGAGUGGAAGACGCGGUAUGAGACGCAGACGGAGCUGAACGGACAGCUGGAGAGACAGAUCUCACUGAUCCACGAGCGACUGGAGGACCUGCGAGGCAACCCCAUGGAUCGAUUGGCCGCCAUCCGGUCGUAUGAUGACAUGCCAAUCGAAACACUGAGGCAGCGUGUGAAGCUCCUGAGUGAGGAGAAGUGUGACCUCCAGGGUCAGCUGACGGACUGUCACCUCACGACCGAACAGGAGGGAAAGGCAUUCCAUAAAACCAAUGAUGAGAGGCGGGCAUAUCUUUCAGAAAUUGCGAAGCUGUCCUCCACCAUUGAAGCCCAAAGAAGACAGUACUCCACUCAGCCACAGAGGGCGCCAGACAGCAAACUGAGGAGGUACAGAGGGAAGCAAAGCCGCAGGAAUGCAGAGGCUUAUUCCAAGAAAGGGAAAGAAAGGGAAGAAGAUGGAGGAGGAGGAGGAGCGCACGUGAAAGGAGGAGGUGGUUGUGGAGCGUCAACAGCCCAGAGAAGAGAAGAAGAGAAAUCCCUGAGGGGAAGCAGGUUACCCACCCUAAAGCACUACCUGAAACACAAUCCUUAGUCCUGGCUUAAAAUAUUUCUUUAAGAAAUAUAGUUAUGUAGAAUAGUUCUUUAAAAUAUCCCGUAUUGUUGCUUUUUCUGGGUAUGAUGGAAUGGUUGCAGGAGAUAUUUUCUAUAUAUAUAUAUAUAUAUAU